UUUAAUGCAUUCAGCAAAUAUUUAUUGAGCAUCUAUUCUGUUCCAAUCUAGUAUUGGACUGGUGGAGCAGAGCAAGGGUCCUUACUCCCUUGGGGCUCACAGUCAUUUUUCCAGUGUGUGUGUGUGGGGGGGGGGCUGUUCCACCCCUACUCCUCACAGAAGGGGGUGGUGUAAAGAAGGAAGAGGAUUCAGCUUCAAAUCCUGGUGCUGUGACUCAUGAGCACUGUCUCCUCUGUGCUUCUCGAAUAAGCCGGCUCUCUGGUGGGUCAAAGGCAUCCCAAGGGGCAUGCGGGAAGCUGGUCUGCAGGGAGUGGCAACACUUGGCACCCGGCCAGCGUGCCCCCUCGUGGGCGGGAGAGGCUGGAGAGGCUGAGCCUCUGUCAGAAGGCCCAGCUGUGCCGGGGGGGGGGGGUGGUCCCCCAUCCCGAGGCUGCAGCCUGUAGAGAUGGGCUCCCACCCCCCAGUCCAGAGCCACAGCCUUACCCCGCUCUUCUCUGUGUACAGCUCCCCAGGGCAUCUCUUUAUGUGAGGGAGCCUGGUGCUCCCUGCCAUGGCCCAGAGAGCCGAGGGGGUCCCCGUGUCCACUUUCAGGAAGGGAAAACUGGGGCUCACUCCAAGACCGGGACUUGCAAAGCUGCUGAUGUCUGCACGGGUGGCUGCCCUCCCCCCACAGGACACUAGAGGGCGCUGGGGCUCGGCAGAAAGGGUCAGGAAGGCUUCCUGACCGCCAGGCGGCCGGCCCGCCAACACCCCGCUGCCAGCAGGCCUGGGAAUAGGGUGGCCUGCCCACUCUGCCCCGUGCGAGAAGACGGGGAGCCAGCGGGGCCUUGAGAGGCCCGGGGGCUCUCGUUCUCUCCGACUCUGCCUCCUUCCCCGUUGUGCGUCUCUGUGCUCUCUGGCCCAUCUGUGUGUCGGUGAUUCUAACCUUCUGUAUACUACUUCUCUGCACGGCUCUCAAUUGCUCCCUCUGCUGUGCGUGUGCGUGUGCGUGUGCGUGUGCGUGUGUGUGCGUGUGUGUGUGUGUGUGUUUCCUGUCUUGCAUGCCUCGACCUCAGCUUGCUUUUCGCUCCCUCUUUUUAUGUCUCUGCCUCUAUUCCCUCUGCCCUCUCUCUCUCCCUCUCUCUCUCCUCUCCCCCCUCCCCUCUCUCUCCGCCCUGUCUAUUUUCUGUCCCGUCUCUGUCCCACUGCCUCACGUCCUGUCCCUCCCCAGCCACCAGCCCAUGAGGCGUGAGGGCUGGGGGUCUCCGUCCCUGCCCUCCCCUCUCCUCACCCCUGGCGGCCGCUCUCGGUCACCCCAUCCAGGCCUCUCCUGCCCGCCCCUCCUGGGCCCUGAGGGAGGGGGCGAGGGAGGAAAGGGAGGGCAGCUGAGUGGGGCCCACCCCUUUUUGCCUUUCCAGGCGGGGAGGCUGGGCCAGUGGGCCUUUUAACCAGCCCGGGCAGUUGUGCCGGCCGCCAGCUCUGGACGCCCUGCCCGGUCCCUGUGGUCCCAGCCGCCGCAGCCCAGCCCGCCCGCCCGGCCAGCAUGCAGCAGCCGCCCCCGCCCGGGCCCCUGGCCCCCGCGGCCGAACCCACCAAGCCUCCCUACAGCUACAUCGCCCUGAUCGCCAUGGCCAUCCAGAGCUCCCCAGGCCAGCGGGCCACGCUCAGCGGCAUCUACCGCUACAUCAUGGGCCGCUUUGCCUUCUACCGCCACAACCGGCCCGGCUGGCAGAACAGCAUCCGCCACAACCUGUCCCUCAACGAGUGCUUCGUCAAGGUGCCCCGUGACGACCGGAAGCCUGGCAAAGGCAGCUACUGGACGCUGGACCCCGACUGCCAUGACAUGUUCGAGCACGGCAGCUUCCUGCGCCGUCGUCGCCGCUUCACCCGGCGGGCGGGCACCGAGGGCACCAGGGGCCCUGCCAAGGCGCGCCGAGGAGCCCUGAGAGCCGGCAGCCAGGAUGCGGGCGCCCCCAGCACCGCGACAGGAAGGCAGUGCCCCUUCCCGCGGGAGCUGCCCGAGCCCAAAGGCCUCAGCUUCGGGGGCCUGGUGGGGGCCCUGCCAGGCCCCCUGUGCCCAGCCGCCACUGACAGCAGGUCUCGGCCUCUGGCGGAGCCCAAGGAGAUGCCCACCCCCAAGUCUGCAGGCCCCGGGGAGCUCACCGUGGGCACCUCGCCGUCCCCCUGCCCAGCGUUCGGCUUUCCCGCGGGCUUUUCCGAGGCUGAGGGUUUCGGCAAGACCCCCACGCCCGUCUUGGGCCCUGACACGGGCAUUGCAAGCAGCUACCAGUGCCGGCUGCAGACGCUGAACUUCUGCGUGGGAAGCGACUCGGGCCUGGAGCACCUCUUGGCCUCAGCAGCCCCCUCCCCGGCGCCCCCCACCCCGCCGGCCUCACUCCGAGCCCCACUGCCCCUGCCAGCCGACCCCAAAGAAUCCUGGGUGGCCGGCGGCUUCCCUGUCCAGGGAGGCUCUGGCUACCCGUUGGGGCUGACGCCCUGCCUCUACCGGACACCAGGAAUGUUCUUCUUUGAAUGAAGCCGGCCUGGCCCGGAGCAGCUCCCGCCGGGUCGCACCUGACUCGGGGAUCUGGGCAGCCCUCCGAGGACCUCUCCCUGGCGAGCCGACGGCCCUGGGACAAGAAGCCAA